GCCAGAGCAGUAAGCCCAGACACCAACGACUUAAAGGCUUCCAUUUAGGGCUAAUUAAGGAAACGGAAAGGAAAGCAGCACGUCGACAAUGCUGCCGUCACGUAAACAUUUAAUUGCCUUCGUUGUGGUGACAACAUUAGUCGGCCUAACAGUGGGUCAGGAGUCCACAUUUCUGGCCUCGAUCACCAGUUCGAACAACACGCUUCAGUCGGCGAAUGGAACGAGCGUCAACGAGACCAUUUCUAUUAAUAUUAGCGAAAUAAUUGCAGCUGCUGAGGCGGCAUCAAAUGCCACAGAUUCCUCUAGUACUACAGAAACUCCUUCGACGACUACAGAAGCCACAUCUACUUCAACAGCAACUUCUGCGACAUUAACGACGGCAACAGCAACAUCUACAACAUCAACAACAGUACCAACAAGCACCACAUUAACAAGUUCAACAACUACGCAAGCAGCAGUUACCACAACCACAGACACAUCUACAAGCACACAAUCGACCAUAAGCACCACACCAACUACCACAAGCAGCACUCCUACAACAACAACCACGCAAGCUUCAACAACCACACAAUCUCCCACAACAACACUGCAAACAGUAACAACAACUACUCAGACUUCAACAGCAACACCAUUAUCCACAACAACAAUCACACCAACAACAACACCACAAUCCACAACAACCACCGCUCAAGUUUCAGCAACUACUCCACAAUCCACAACAACCGCACAAAUUUCAACAACAACACCACAAUCCACAACUCAAACUACAACAACAGGCACAUCAACAACAACUCAAGCUUCAACAACAACAACACAAUCUACUUCCACAACUGCACAGUCUUUAACAACGACACCACAAUCUGCAACUACAGCCACUCAAAGUCCAACAACAACAGCACAGCCCACAACAACAACAAUACAGUCCUUAACAACAACACAGCCCACAACAACAACAUCACAACCCACAACAACAACUCCACAGCCCACAACACCAACCACUCUAGCAGCAACAACCAGCACAGAAGCCUCCACCACAAUUUCAGAUAGCACUACAAUUUCAACAACAAUUGCUGAUAGCACUACCAUUUCAACAACAUCGACUAGCACAACACCACUUGCUUACACCGUUUACACCGUUGAACCUUACCCGAAUAUUUUUGGCCGAUUGAAUGAGAUUGGCAAGCCCCAGCGAAAACUGCGCAAAGGUCGUCGGGGCAGGAGACCCCGUCGCCGCACGACCUUCUCACCAAUGACCUCUAGCAGCUCCACCAGUACCACCACAACAACAACAACCGCCAGGACGACGCUGAGUGGCUUUGAUGACUUUAGCGAGGACUAUGAGGAUCUUGUCCUGAACUCGAACAAUGUACUGGAACCAUUUCCGCAAUUGCCUCUCGAUCUCGGAAAUAUCGACAACAACAGGAUUCACAAGUAACCGAUUGGUUGCACCAUCCUUCAGGAGACUGAGACCAAUUAUUGGAGUCCCAUAUUCGUUAGUUUAGUUUAGUUAUUAAUUUUAAAUAAAAAUAUUCUUCGCAAAAUGUCAUUCCCAUCGCCAUAUAUUGUGUCACGUGUUGAUAUCAGAACUAUUUGUUCAAAGAUAUCAGUGAACUGUCAUAAAAAGGUGAUAGGUGUUGCCAGCUUUCAUAUCAUAUACUUAUGCUAAGCACAAAGAGCAAUUUGAUAAUUCAAUGAAUUUACGUCAUUUAUAUCUUUAUUAUUAUCAAAGCAGAACUAAUUUGCAUUAAUGUUCGUAUUAAUUUGUAUUAUUCGAUGGUUAAAUUCAGAUCAGUUUAA